CAUCACCUGAACCCUCUCACCUCAACUUCAUGCACAGCCCCCCAUUUCCCCACUCACGUCUUCUCGUACCACUUAUUCUGUCCACCACCCAGUCCAUCCUCGAUUCUUGUCGUUUUCCUUUAACACACCAUCAUGCUCGGUAGCUCAGAAGGCCAAUAUAUCAAUCUCGAAGUUAUCGGUGGAAAAAAUCUUCAAGUUUCCUCCAAGCGCAUUUCCGCCGGCAUUUACAUAUCCAUCAAUGUUGACUCGAGGAGACGCUGGAAAUCAGCCACCAGAGUUCUAUCAUCCGACGAAUCAGUAGCGUGGGGCGAUGCCGUGACCCUAUUAUUAGACAUAUCACCCGAACUAUCGGCGGAGAUCAGGGCAUCCUUCGAGUUCGAUCGGAUAUUGGGCAGUGGAGAGGUCGUUGGAAAACUUGAGACGUCAUGGGAUGUACUGCUCGACCGUGGAGAUGAGCCUUUCGACAUCUCGUUCCCGCCCGUUUAUGGUGUUCACCCUUCCCUCACACUGAAGGCCACCGUUCUACUUUCUUGCGACAAUCAGGACGGCGCACUACUUAACUCCAUCGUUGAAAGUGAGAUUGCUCGAGACACGGAUGCGGGCCAUGAACGAUUUGCCACAUAUGUGACAAGCAAGACGGUCUCACACCUGAAUGAUGCCGUACAGCAUUUUCAGUUGGUCCUGGACCAAUGUCCGAUCGGCCAUCCUGACCACGCAGGGGCUCUCACCGACCUUGCGUGGGCCCGCCUUCGAUGCUACAUUCAAAAGGAUCUUCAAGCCAUCGACUGUAUAACUUCUCUCUUCCGUGGAGCCCUUGCAUUGCGUCCGCAGGGCCAUCCCAAUCACGCAUUAUCCAUCUAUCAUCUCAUUGACGCGUUGAUCUUGCGCUACAAACAGGAGAACUUCACCGCCGUCUAUAUCCAUGAAUCCGCGCAACUGUCCUGCAAGCUACUGCCCCUCUGUCCAGAGGGCACCUACCUUCGUAGCAUUGCGGCGGGGGCAGAUGGCAUUGAUUUUGUAAUCUGCGAAUGCAACAAUCUUCCAAUAGACGCAUCUGAUGAAGACAUCCACCUUCGACGAGUCGUACUCAAGCUCUGUCCUCUGGGCAAUGAGCACUGUCCAAAAGCACUAGAUAAUCUUGCAUGGGCCCUCGGUUCACGUUUUGAACAACGCAGCAGUAUUGCCUUGUCACUCUGGACCUGCUUCAAUUGCCAAGACAAAUAUCAUGAUCUCAACGAGGCCAUCUCUCUGUACAAAGAAGCGCUGCGCCUGUGCCCUGUUGGACACGAAUCUUGUGACUUCUCAUUGGACAACCUAGGAGUCGCCCUCUUCACCCGUUUCAACAAACGCGGUGAUCACUUCAGCCUCCAUCACGAGGCACUGAUGUUGCGCCCGCCUGGGAAUCUAUAUUGUGAUUACACACUCAACAACCUUGCCCUCGCGCUCAAUACUAGAUAUAACAAAUUGAAUGUCAGCGAAGAUCCCAGCGAGGCCAUUGACCUGUGCUGGGAUCCACUUCAAUUGAGCUCGGCGCUCUGCUCUCGUUUCGCUCAAACCCAGAAAAAUGAAGAUGUCGAGGGGGCCAUUCGACUAUGCCAAGAAUCGUUGGAGGUUUUGCCUUCACUGCACCCAGACAAAUAUUUCAGCUACCCGUGGUUGCAAGUGGCAUCACAACAUCCCACGCAAGGCUUUCCAGAGCGCAUUAUGACAGCCUGGAACUGGAUUAUCGCAGCAGAGCAGCACAGUCCCCUAUCUGUGCUGGAGUCCUACACAACAUUUUUCGAACUUCUUGACCGUCACUUGGCAACACGAUCAUCGACAAUUUCAAGGCGUGAAGCUGCUGCUGCAUUCAGUGGUGCCAGAUCACUGCCUGUAGAUGCGGCAACAUGUGCCAUCUUGCAUGACAAUCUACGACGCGCAGUCGAACUCGUGGAACAGGGCCGUGGCCAACAGUGGUCGUUGGCCUCUCGCCUGAGGAGUCCACUUGAAGACCUCGAGUCCACAAAUCCCAACCUAGCUCACAUGUUCUCGGAGCUCAGCAAGUGUCUGUCCGAGGCUCAAGGUUCCACGCUCAGCACAGAUCGAGGAGAACUUGCAAGCGGCAGCGCGUCAUGGCCCAGUCAUCAUCCUCAUUGCCAGUCAAUGCUCGUGCAGCGCCAACAUCGUCCCGACGUCAGGAGACAUCAUGUUCCCUUGCCGUCUGUCACUCUUACAGAUCUGAAGGAUCUUAAGGAUCGCUUCACUAGGGCAAUACGACAGGCAUCUUGGAUGAACCCAGCAGAGUCGAGGACGGAUUUAAUAGUACUCUUGCGGACAAUUUGGGACGAGAUCAUGCUACCCAUCGUCAACGUUCUCCAGCAAGACCUGAAAUUAAAGCACCAAUCUCACGCCGUGAAGAGGAAAGUGCCGCUCGAGCAGGGGAUGGUUUUCAUUCAUGUUGGGGGGAGCGUAGGGGACAUCUUCCAUAAUAGUAAUAGUGAGAAUGAAGAGGUAGUGCGCUGUGCCACAGAGUAUGAAAGAAUGUAUGGUGUUAUACAUGAAUUGGUGACAGCAGGUAGCAAAACAUCGAAAGGAUAGUGGAUAGUAGUAAAGAAGUGAUCAACUCUACAUUUUAUGGUCGAUGAGGGCAGGAGAGAGAUUCUAAUUCAGAGGGGGAUCGUUGGUGUAAAGCGCUCCCUAAGAAUUAUUUAGCCAAGAACUUAUAAAAAGGGUCCUGAUUGGAAAGCGG